AUUUUUUGACUUUUUGGGUCUCUUUUUCCUUCACCCAUCUUCUCUUCAUCUUCACUCCCUUUUAGGACAACAUCCCAUAUCAGACGAUUCUCUCACUUUCAUUUCCAUACACUCUCUAUUGUUCACACAUAUAUUACGCUCGGGACUCUUUGCUUGUACAUAUCAGACAUGGCUGACAACACCACACGAAUCAAAUACAGACCUGCCACAGAGCUUGUCUAUGUCGACAACUCGGACGGAAAGGGUCCAAAGGACAAUUACAACGCAGCCUCUAUGCCUAUCUAUCAGACAGCCACAUUUAAGCAACAAUCUUCCACACAGAUGGGAGAAUAUGAUUACUCUCGUUCCGGAAAUCCUACCCGUUCUCAUGUUGAGAAUCAUCUUGCCAAGAUCAUGUCCGCAAAGCGUGCCUUUGCAGUCAACAGUGGUAUGACUGCUCUGGAUGUCAUUACUCGGCUUGUCAAGGCCAACGAAGAGGUUAUUGCAGGAAACGAUCUUUAUGGAGGCACAAAUCGACUACUAAGCUUCUUGGCUACACACAAUAAUGUCAAGACACACCACAUCGACACUACAAACUCGGAAGCCAUCAUUCCUUACCUUUCAGAAAAGACACGUCUUGUCUUGCUGGAGACUCCUACCAACCCAUUGAUGAAGAUUGCAGAUAUCCCACGGAUCUCAGAGAUUGUGCACGAGCGUUGCCCCAAUGCGCUUGUUGUUGUUGAUAAUACCAUGAUGUCACCUUACCUUCAGAGGCCAUUGGAGCUUGGCGCCGAUAUUGUAUACCACUCAGGAACCAAGUAUCUCAGCGGACACCACGAUCUCAUGGCUGGAGUUGUCGCUGUCAAGGACGACGCCAUUGCUGAUAAAAUCUAUUUCACAAUCAAUGCUACAGGGGUCGGCCUUGGACCCUUCGACUGUUGGCUGUUAAUGAGAGGUGUCAAGACACUUGCAGUACGCAUGGAUCGCCAGCAGGCUAGCGCUAUGAAGAUUGCAGACUUUUUACAGGCACAUAACUUCAAGGUCCAUUACCCAGGGCUCAAGACACACCCUCAAUACGAGCUGCAUGCAAAGAUGUCAGCAGGACCGGGUGCUGUCCUCAGCUUCGAAACGGGUGAUGUCGAACUGAGCGAAAAAUUGGUUGAAUUGACACGCCUUUGGGGUAUUAGUGUAAGCUUUGGCUGUGUCAACUCUUUGAUCAGUAUGCCAUGUCGCAUGUCUCAUGCCAGUAUUCCUGCUGCAGUGCGCGCAGAGCGUGCCAUGCCCGAGGAUUUGAUCCGCCUAUGUGUAGGCAUUGAAGAUGUCGAAGAUCUUUUGGAGGAUCUGUACCAUGCGCUGACAACAUCCGGGGCACUUAAACUUGCCAACUAAA